ACAAAAUUUUGGCUCCCACAGGUAAAAAUUAACUGUCCAUAUAAUACAACUGAAAUUUAGUUAAUUUAGCUAAUACUUCUUGUCCUUGUAUCUAAUUUUUCGUUUCUACGGCUAAAAAUUAGGUCUGGUAAAUUUUCGUCGUAUUAUAUAGACAGCUGAUUCUUUUUUUUCGUGAAGGAAAGAUCGCUUCGCGCAUCGGGAGGACCGAGCCUCUCCCGACCUCCGGCGCGACUCUCCUCCGUCUAUCGUCUACCCCGCGGCCAUUCUACGGGAGAGGACGGCUCGAAGUGAUGAUAAAAGAGCAAGAGAAGAAAAGAGCGCGAAACACCUCGUGCGUUCCGCCACGGAGGAGUUCACCGGGGGCCGGGAGCAGCGCCGAGCGCCAGAGGGGAGGGCGAGCCCGUUAUAAGCUCGAGCAGCGGCUAUUCAGCAGCCUGGCGGCGGCCUAGUGGAGUCCUCAGGAUCCUCGCCCGGCGUUCGCACACGUGGUGAUCGUCCCAAAAUCUCGCGCGUCGUCCGUUGUCCCUUUGCUCGCGGUGCCGCUCGGAUUUCUCUACGGUUCUCUCGAGUUCUCUUAGGACGACGGUCUUCUUGAUUAGGAUGAAUCGACCACGCGGACUGUCGUCGUUCGCGCUGAUCGUGCUGGUGCUCGUGGUGCAGGUGAUCGCGGCGGAGGUGCCCGAAGAGCCGGUGUCCAGAUCACGGAGCUACAAGCCGAUCAACGAUGCUCGUGUGGUGGAAGAGGACGACGCCGUGAUCGUCGAAGCCGCGAUCGAACCGAGCCAGUUCACGUCGAGACAGGGUCGGGAAAUCCUGUGGAGCGGUGCCGCCACUCGCGAGAGUUGCCUAACUUCAAAGGGUGAAGUCGGUCGUUGCACGACCUUCAAGGAAUGCUAUCCGUACUUCAAGAUUCCAGACCUCGGUGCUCUGGACGGCUGGGUGCUCGGUGUUUACGAUACGUGCAGCUACGUUCGAGAAGAUGGACACAUGAGUUUUGGAAUUUGCUGCUCAAACCUACAUCCGGUCGUCACGCCCUAUCCCGACAACUGCGACAACCCCGUACAUGAGGAAGAACCGCAGGUCGAAGACAAUAAGAAGAAUAAGAAGAAAGAGGACGGGAGCAUAGCGCGUCCUCAGGCUGCGCUUUCUUGGCCACCACCGAUUCCUACGCAUCCACCAUAUCACACGAUACCACCUUUACCGACUCACCCACCCUCGCCUGGUCUGUCGACGCACACCACUGAGAAGCCGAUCAAUACGAGCUCCAAGAAACCCGGUUCCGCCACCACGUGGCCAACGAAGAAGCCGACCUGGUGGCCGGCCGUGACCACCAUAUCGACCACCAACAGGCCGUCUACCACCUCGAGCAGCUCGAGCAGCAACCUGUCGCAAUGCGGCGCGAAGAACGGCAAUCAAGAUCAAGAGCGCAUCGUGGGUGGAAAGCCCGCUGAUCCAGGCGAAUGGCCAUGGAUCGCCGCGCUCUUCAACGCUGGACGACAAUUCUGCGGGGGGUCGCUCAUCGACGACCGACACAUCCUGACUGCGGCGCAUUGUGUCGCUAACAUGAAUUCUUGGGAUGUCGCGAGAUUGACGGUGCGCAUCGGUGACUACAACAUCAAAACGAACACGGAAAUUCAUCACGUCGAGAAACGUAUAAAGAGAGUCGUGAGACACCGGGGCUUCAACGCCCAAACGCUCUACAACGACGUGGCGCUCCUCACGAUGAACGAACCGGUGGAAUUCACAGAACAAAUCCGGCCUAUCUGUCUUCCUAGCGGAUCACAACUGUAUUCCGGCAAGACGGCGACCGUCAUCGGAUGGGGCUCUUUGAGAGAAGGUGGGAUACAACCAGCAGUUUUGCAAGAAGUUUCGAUACCAGUCUGGUCGAACAGCGAGUGCAAGUUGAAGUAUGGUAUAGCAGCACCGGGAGGAAUCGUCGACAGUUUCCUGUGUGCUGGCCAAGCUGCUAAGGACUCAUGCUCGGGCGACAGUGGAGGCCCUCUAAUGAUAAACGACGGCCGUUGGACGCAAGUUGGCAUUGUGUCAUGGGGGAUAGGGUGCGGCAAAGGACAGUAUCCGGGCGUGUACACACGCGUGACGCACUUUUUACAGUGGAUUAAUAAAAAUCUAAAAUAAUGGAUAUGAUAAUCUA